GCUCGCUCAGCUCUCCUUCCCCCCAGAGUCCUUCUUGCAGCGGGGGGUGCGGAUGCCUGUCCCGCUGGCUGCCUGUGCCGCAGGCUGCCCAGUCUCUGGGAGGCGCUUCUGCGGAUGGCCGGAUUGCGGCGGGCGGGCCGCAGAGGAAGAUGAGAGACUGUCCAGACUCUGCCUCCGGGACCAUGAGUGCCUGCGCUGACUAAAGCCAUCCACGGGACCUGGGCGGGCAGCGGAGGACUUGGAUUCACGGAGAGCCGAAAUGACCAUGACUGCCAACAAGAAUGCCAGCAUCACCCACGGAGCUGGAGGGACUAAAACCCCUCGGGAGACCCUGGGCCGGUCUCAGUCGGUUUCUCCACCUCCAGUCCUCUCUCCACCAAGAAGCCCUGCCUACCCACUCAGCCACAGUGAAAACUCAGCCAGCAGCUCCCCUCCUGGCUCUGGCUCCCAGCUCCUCCUCAAGGACUGGAGCCCCCAGGCAGCCUCGCCUGACAGCCCCCCUGAGCUGCCCCUGGACAGUCGACCUUCUAGUUACCACGUCAAGGCCGCCAGCAUCGGCUGCUUGGACAAUAGACUCUCAGCGUACAAGGGAGAGGACCAGAAGGAGCACCUCCAGGAGGAGGCCCAGAAUGGGGAGAAGGUAGCCGGCCACCCACCUCUCGCCCACAGCACGCCAUCCCUGGGUCCGUCGGCCUGCCUGCGGAGCAUCCCGCGGGGCCGCGCCGGCACCCGCAGCCUGGGUAUCCGGGAGAAGAUCUCAGCAUGGGAAGGCCGCCGAGAGGCCUCGCCCAGAAUGAAUGUUUUUGGGGAGAAGAGGGAGGGCUCCAAGAGUGACCGGGCAGCCAGUGAGGGCUGCCCCAGCGUGCUGCCCUCCCCGUGCAGCUCAGACAAGACUUUUGACUUCAAGGGCCUCCGGAGGAUGAGCAGGACCUUCUCAGAGUGCUCAUACCCUGAGACAGAGGAAGAAGGGGAGUCGCUCCCCGACCGGGACUCCUGCCACCGGCUGGAGAAACGGCCAAGCCGCAGUGAUUCCAAUGCCUUCCUCAAGGGCCAUGGCCGCAAGGAGAGUUCAGCGGUGCUGAGCCGCAUCCAGAAGAUCGAGCAGGCCCUGAAGGAGCAGCCUGGCCGGGGGCUCCCCCAGCUCCCCAGCAGCUGCUACAGUGUGGACCGAGGAAGGAGGAAGACCACGGCCCUGGGCACCCUGGGUACCCUGGGCACCUUGGAGGAAUCAGCAGGGAGCCCCAGUGGCAGCGGCCGUGGAGCGGGUGCUCUUGUGAUGGGGGGCGAGGCGGGCCCACCCCUGGAGAGUGAGGGCAGUGGCCUCAGCAAACUAGAGCCACUCCAAAGCAGUCCCACCCCCAAGGGGCUCCCCGAGAGCCCUCCGGACCUAGAUGUGAACCCUGUCCCUAAACCCAAACGCACCUUUGAGUAUGAGGCUGAUAAGACCCCCAGGAGUAAGCCAAGCAAUGGUCUACCUCCUUCUCCCACACCUGCUGCUCCCCCGCCUCUGCCCUCCACCCCGGCCCCUCCAGUUACCAGGAGACUCAAGAAGGACUCACGCUUUCACCGCAAGUCCCAGAGCAGAAAAUCCUUUGAGUUUGAGGAUGCGUCCAGUCUCCAAUCCCUGUACCCCUCCUCCCCCACCGAGAACGGUACUGAGAAUCAGCACAAAUUCGGAUCCAAGAGCACUUUAGAAGAGAAUGCCUAUGAGGACAUCGUGGGAGAUCUGCCCAAGGAGAAUCCAUAUGAGGAUGUGGACUUAAAGGGCCGGCGGGCGGGACGAAAAUCCCAGCAAAUGUCUGAGAACUCCCUAGACUCUUUGCACAGGAUGUGGACUCCCCAGGACAGGAAGUACAACAGCCCACCACCCCAGCUGUCCCUGAAAUCCGGCACCCAGUCUUUGCGCAUCGGGAAUUGGUCCGAGAGGAAGGGCCACCGGUUGCCACGGUUACCCAAGCGGCAUAGCCACGAUGACAUGCUGCUGUUGGCCCAGCUGAGCUUGCCUUCCUCACCCUCCAGCCUCAACGAAGACAGCCUCAGCACCACCAGUGAACUGCUCUCAAGCCGCCGUGCCCGCCGAAUCCCUAAGCUCGUUCAGAGGAUCAAUUCCAUCUAUAAUGCCAAGAGGGGCAAGAAGAGGUUAAAGAAGCUGUCGAUGUCUAGCAUUGAGACCGCAUCACUGAGAGAUGAGAACAGUGAGAGUGAGAGCGAUUCUGAUGAUCGAUUUAAAGCUCACACCCAGCGCCUGGUCCACAUCCAGUCCAUGCUGAAGCGAGCGCCCAGCUACCGGACGCUAGAACUGGAGUUGAUAGAAUGGCAGGAGCGAGAACUGUUUGAGUACUUUGUGGUGGUAUCGCUGAAGAAGAAGCCAUCCAGAAACACCUACCUCCCUGAGGUCUCCUACCAGUUCCCCAAGCUGGACAGACCUACCAAGCAGAUGCGGGAGGCCGAGGAGCGGCUCAAAGCCAUCCCCCAGUUCUGCUUUCCUGAUGCCAAGGAUUGGUUUCCUGUUUCUGAUUAUACCAGUGAAACCUUCUCUUUCAUGCUCACGGGAGAGGAUGGCAGCCGCCGGUUUGGCUACUGCAGGCGAUUACUGCCAAGUGGAAAAGGGCCUCGCCUCCCUGAGGUGUACUGCGUCAUCAGCCGCCUCGGCUGCUUCGGCUUGUUUUCCAAGAUCCUUGAUGAGGUGGAGCGACGUCGAGGGAUCUCGGCUGCCCUGGUGUACCCCUUCAUGAGAAGUCUCAUGGAAUCACCCUUCCCUGCUCCAGGAAAAACCAUCAAAGUGAAGACCUUCCUGCCUGGUUCAGGAAAUGAGGUACUGGAGCUGCGGCGGCCCAUGGACUCGCGCCUAGAGCAUGUAGACUUUGAGUGUCUGUUCACCUGCCUCAGCGUGCGCCAGCUCAUCCGUAUCUUCGCCUCGCUGUUAUUGGAGCGCCGCGUCAUCUUUGUUGCUGAUAAGCUCAGCACCUUGUCCAGCUGUUCCCAUGCAGUGGUCGCCCUGCUCUACCCCUUCUCCUGGCAGCACACCUUCAUCCCUGUCCUCCCAGCCUCCAUGAUCGACAUUGUCUGUUGCCCCACCCCUUUUCUGGUUGGUCUGCUCUCCAGUUCCCUCCCCAAACUGAAGGAGCUGCCUGUGGAGGAGGCCCUGAUGGUGAAUCUGGGAUCUGAUCGGUUCAUCCGACAGAUGGACGAUGAGGACACCCUAUUGCCUAGGAAGUUACAGGCGGCUCUGGAGCAGGCUCUGGAGCGAAAGAAUGAAUUAAUCUCCCAGGAUUCCGAUAGUGACUCUGAUGAUGAGUGUAAUACCCUCAAUGGGCUGGUAUCUGAGGUGUUCAUUCGUUUUUUUGUGGAGACCAUCGGGCACUACUCUCUGUUCCUAACUCAAAAUGAGAAGGGGGAAAGAGCCUUCCAGCGGGAGGCUUUCCGGAAAUCUGUGGCCUCUAAGAGCAUCCGCCGCUUCCUGGAGGUCUUCAUGGAGUCCCAGAUGUUCGCUGGCUUCAUCCAGGACAGAGAGCUGAGGAAGUGUCGGGCCAAGGGCCUGUUUGAGCAGCGAGUGGAGCAGUAUUUAGAGGAACUCCCUGACACAGAGCAGAGUGGGAUGAAUAAAUUUCUUCGAGGCCUGGGCAACAAAAUGAAGUUCCUUCACAAGAAGAAUUAAACCCCCUCACCUCCAGGAGACUAUUUAUCAGAUUGAGCAGAGAGCCCAGUGUCUGCAGAGCCAGGGGCAGUGAAGUUGGGGUCUCCCUCCCCCGCUGCUGGCACAGAGUUCCUGCCUCCUACCCCCCUGCUGACCACAGCUGCCAAGCCCCAUCUGCGCCCAGGAUGUCCCAGGAUGCGUGUUUGUAAAUAAUCUAUUGCAAGCUUUUGGAACUGGUUUUGUAACGAGCAAGAACAGUGUUAAAUAUUUGUAUAUUCCCGGGAGGACCAUGCCAUAGCAUGUAUCAAGUUUUGCUUGGUGCCAACGAUUGGCCACUUACGUGCAACUGACUGUCUCAGCCAAACCACUGACCUUUCCCGCAGAGGAGUCUGUCCCUCGGCCCAGAGCUGCGGCAGAGCGACUUGGAUGCCUGGGGCCCUGGAGAGCAGGGAAGCCAUUUCAUUGGUGCAAGAGGACUGGUUUUUAUCUUACAGAGUUUCUAUUUUUCUCUAGUUUUCUUUCUAUCUCAUUUGGAAAUACCGAGGCCAGCCGGCCACAUUUGCAGUAAGGUACUUGGCUCCUAGACGCUCACACCCACGUCCCCAGCCUUCCUCCAUUCCAAGGGAUGAUCAGUGAGCUGUCGGGAGCCCCUCACCUCUCCGCAUUAUGACUGCUGAUGCCAGCUGGCCCCCCGUUUGCCCUUUCCUGCAGCCAGCAGCAGUGGCAAUUUGGUACAGCACGUCCAUUCUCCAUAGUGUACGGGUGUGCCCAAUAAAUGAUGUACAGUUGUCUGGG